AUCAUUACAUUUGUCUAACCUCAUUGUCUCAAUUUGUCUGAUUUGGACCAAUCAGAACAGACCACGAAAAGAGACGAACGAAAAAUGGAUUGUGGCUCUGUCAAAUUAUUAUUUUGUAUAGAAAAUUGAAUCGCUGUGUAUUUACGAUACGGACUUCAGUAAAAAAAUAAUAGCUUUAUAAUGGACUACCUAGUGAAUAUCAACUGGAACAAAGUCACACCUUGCCUUGUAUUUUUAGUGCUAGAAUUAGUAUUAGAAUUUUCAGAGUGCGCAUCACAGGCGGAGGUUAAUAAGCACCUGGAACUCGGGAGGGACUUCCUGGCGCGCGGUCAACUGUCUGACGCUUUAACACACUAUCAUGCUGCUGUCGAGGGAGAUCCACACAACUACCUCACUUACUUCAAGCGUGGUACAGUGUACUAUGCACUUGGGAAAGCGAAGUUCGCCCUCCAGGACUUCACAAAGGUGUUGGAGAUGAAGUCAGAUUUCACAUCGGCCAGGCUGCAGAGAGCCAACGUUUACCUCAAACUAGCACAAUAUGUUGAAGCGAAAGAAGAUUACUUGCAAGUUACAUAUGCAGAUCCAUACAAUCAAGAGGCGAUAAGUCAGUUCCACCGCAUAGAUGAGUACAUAGAGGAGUUGCGGCUGGUGGAGGCGUACUACCGCGGCGGGGACUUCCGCGCGGCAGCCGAGCUCGCCACCAGCCUGCUCGAGGUGUCGCCGUGGUCGGCGCAGCUGCGGCAGCUGAGGGCCGAGUGCUAUAUCGCGAUGAAUGAUCUGUUCUCAGCGGUGUCAGACAUCAGAUCUGUGAAUCGUCUGCAGCAAGACUCAACAGAUGGAUACUUCAGACUCGCCACGCUGUUGUACAGGCUGGGACAUGUCAGCGAUGCCCUCAAGGAAAUCCGUGAAUGUCUAAAACUAGAUCCAGAACAUAAGAAAUGUUUCCCCUUCUACAAAAAAGUGAAGAAGAUAGACAAGUUAUUACUUGACUGUGAGGAAAAGAGCGAGUCCCGUGACUUCCUGGGAUGCAUAGAGAGCGCUAACAAGGUGUUGCGGAGUGAGGACGAGGUCACGCUCGUCGUGUUCGAGGCCAGGAAGUGGCUCUGCAGCUGUUCUGUCAAGGAGGAGCAGUACACGGACGCGUUGUCGCAGUGCAACCAGGCGCUGGAGCUGCAGAGAGACGCGCGCGUGUUGUGCGAUAAGGCCGACGCGCUGCUCGGACUAGACAUGUUCGACGACGCAAUACACACGUUCAAGGAGGCUUUGGAGAUUGAAGAGGGUCUGCAGAGGGCGAAGGAUGGCCUCAGCAGAGCACAGAAACUGCAGAAACAGUCUGAGCAGAGGGAUUACUAUAAAAUUUUAGGUGUUAAGAGGACGGCGAGCAAACAGGAGAUCACGAAAGCGUACCGCAAGGCGGCGCAGAAAUGGCACCCCGACAACUACCAGGGAGACGAGAAGAAGAUCGCAGAGAAAAAAUUCAUAGACAUCGCCGCUGCUAAAGAGGUAUUGACAGACCCUGAGAAGCGAGCGCAAUUCGACUCCGGUACAGACCCUCUCGACCCAGACUCCCAAAGAGGACAAGGAGGGCCUUUCCAUAGCCCCUUCCACCACUUCCAACACGGCAGCCCCUUCCAGUUCAAGUUCCACUUCAACUAGACAUAAUCACCAAAAAGUCGCCAUAUUGGUCCUUCGACCCAGAUAAAGUCCAACACUAUCAAGUGUUUGAUUGGACCUUAUCCUUGUCAAUAAUAUUUUAUAAAUCUAAUUGUUAAUAAUCUGAAGGUUUUUGAUGCCAUGGAAUGUUUACGUAAAAAAAUAAAAUGAGGGACUGAGGGUCGGUGCUGAUGUUCGAAUUGUGGCGAAGAGACAGAAUACAGUCUUACGUCCUUCACGUAAGGCUGAUAUUAACUUAAUACUGAGUUGCUUGAAGUUGUGUUACUCGGUCGCAUAGAAAGUCAUAAGGUUGAUUUUUGAUUGAUACAUUUUCACUUUCCACCACAAAUCCGUCCUUCGGCACUGACGUUAAAAGAAUACGAAUAAAUAAUCGCUUAAGUAACAAAACUGUGACAAUUUAUACCAACUAAAUGAUUUAAUUCUAAAGCUAACAGCUGGCAUAAUAAUUUCAACUGACAAGAUAUCCCCACCUCCUGCUUAUUUUUCGCAGAACUAUUGUACAUAAAUGCGACCACAAUUAAUUGUAACUGAAGUGACUUGAAAUAUUUGAAAAGGCUGCCUCUGUAGAUUAUGUAGACAUUAUUAGAAAGCGAU